AUGCGCGUUACUGCUCUCCCGUUCUUUCUCUACUCCCUGUCCCUUGUGGCUGUGGUAGCAGGCCAGAGCACCCAGGUAACAGAUGCCGUUACGAGCAUCACCGACGCUGUUACAACGCCCACCGAGACAUCCUCGUCAGACACCGAAUCUGACACUGAGACCUCUACAUCUGAGGAUACUUCGACCGCGACGAGCACCACAGAGCCAACCACAACUUCGACUUCAACAAGCUCGUCCGAGACCGAUGACACCAGUACCACCACUACCUCCUCAUCCUCAUCCACAACCACCUCGGACCCUGAACCUACUGCAACGACCACUAACUCCGACUCUGACCCCACAUCCACCACAUCAUCUACCGACUCGGACACCACUACUACGAGCUCUUCGGACGAUGAUACCUCAACUACACGCACUCCCGUUUACUCCACUACCGUCGUCACCACCACACAAACGAUCGAUGGAACUCCGGUUGCUACCACGUAUACUAGCACAGCAACUACGUCAAGUGAAUCCACAGAGUCUCCUGGCUUGAGCGGAUCUUCUGAUGAUUCCGACUCUGGUCUGGACUCCAACCAGAAGAAGAUCAUCAUUGGUGUUGUCGUUGGUGUCGGUGGUGCCAUCUUGAUCGGUGCGAUUGGAGUGGUUGCCUGGAGAAUCCGUGCGCGUAGACGGGCUGCUGCAGAUGACGAUGCUGCCGAUCUCAUGAGCGGGACUGCGGUCGGCUCUGGUGUUCGUGAGAAGGCCCCAAGCCCUUCCGGUGGCACGCCCUUCCGGUCUACGCUCGACCAGUACCACAACCCUGGCCCUGUCAAUGCUGCGUCGAACUUUUAA